AGUUUUACGUCGAGGUAGGGCGCCAGUCCUCUUCCACAUAGCGCAACCACGCAGAGCAUCGCGUCUGAUUGUAAUUCUAACAUUGAAAUUAUCAGCAUAUCAUCAUCUCCUAUCUCGGCAUCACCAAACUCCAUCUCGGAGAGGUCUUCCACAACAUCUUGAACAUAAACAAAGCAGCACAAAUCCACCAGAUUUUUUUCCUAACAUAUUCCAGAAAUGUAUUUGUUGGGUAUCCUCGCAAUCGUCGCAAUGGCUCAGGGCACAAUCUAUCUGCCAGAAAUGAAGGACCACUUGUUAUCAGAGCUUCUACUUCGCGACAUAAUAGAUCGAAUGGGUAAUGAACUUGUCGACGCGGCUGACUCAUACAUAGAUUAUCAGGAUCAAGCUCGCGGCACCGACGAUUACGAUAAAGCCAAAGAAAUACCGGCUGAGAUGCCGAUUGAUUACGAAGGGAUUGAAACACUCAAUCCAAAUCCAAGUAUAAGGGAUCAGGAAUACCUUCGUCACAGUACAUUAAAUUCCCAUCAGAGAUUGAAUGACAAUGGGGAUAAUCGCCAUAGAGUUCAGCUGGCUGGUCUCAAGGGAGUCAAGGACGAGAAGACUGAGAACACCUUGCCAGCGUAUUGUACACCACCCAAUCCCUGUCCCAUCGGUUAUACCGGUCAAAAUCAUUGCAUCGAAGAUUUUGAAAAUACCGCAGCAUUCAGUCGAGACUAUCAGAGUGCUCAGGAUUGCAUGUGUGACACUGAACACAUGAUUGAUUGUUCCAACGAUUCCGGGAGCGAUCGAGGAAUAGCGAACGUUCAACUUCCAAAUUCCGAAUUCGAUCAAAUUGUUGAACAAUUCCAGGAGACCAAUCCCUUCUUCAGGGGCGAGAAGCUACCGAUAGCAGCGAAAAAGGGAAUUCACGUGAUUUCAUGAAUGAAAAUAUAUCACUAAUUACUCAAUCUUUCAUUGAACUGAAAGAAUUAUUUAUUAUUGGUCGUCUAAUAUCGGUGUUACUAUAUCAAAGAGAAAUUUAUCUCAUGUUUUUUCUCAAUAUUUUAAUGCUAUAUUAUGAUCUUGACUAUGAAUUUUCGCACAUUCAGGUCGAUCAAAUCCUUAGGUACAAGCUGAAAAUCCUGAAUGUAAACAACGUUUCACAAAUCGUGAAUUACUCCUGAAAAAUCUGCUUUACGUUUAUAAAAAUAUAAUUUCCCAGAAAAAAUAGCUUUUGUGGUUAACAUAUUUUUUUUUCAAUUCACCACUCCAAAUAUAUUAAUUAUUGGCAUUACUAAUAAAUUAUGUUUUAGCAAUUGUAAUUUACGAUGAUUUUGAGCGUCAUUUACAUGCAGAUUUUUCUGUGCGAAAAAUUACCCGGACAAUGACAGUAAGAAUACCUAUGUUUCUAGGUGGAAUUGUUUAUCUUUCAAAGGUAUAAUAAUGAUACAUAAUAUAUUUUGAAAAUCCAAAGUCCAAUAA